UCACUGAUGUGCGUUGAUGAGGCAGCACUGAUGGGCACUGAUAGGCGGCACUGAAGGGCACUGAUAGGCAGCACUAAUGAGGUGUCACGGAUAGGCGGCACUGAUGAUGGGUACUGAGACAGCACUGAUAGGUGGCACUGACUGGCACAACCGCUGGGCACUGACUGGCAGCACUGCAGGGCUGCACUGAUGGGCACAGGUGGGUGGCACAGGUGGGUGCACUGCUGGACACUGCUGGGCACAGGUGGGCGGAGCUUGCGGGUGGCACUGCUGGGCACCGAUCAUCAGGGCACUGAUCAUCAGUGCCCUGAUGACCGCGUGUCGUUGGACACCGCUGAUCACGUGGUAAAAGGCUGCUGUGAUUGGCCUUUUACCACAUCACGUGAUCAGCUGUGUCCGUAGGACACAGCGAUCACAG